CAGUGUGUUAAUAACUGCUGGUGAUGACAUGGAACUCAUCAGAGACACUUCUAGCCACUUGCUGUGUGCAUCAACAACUAUGAGAAAUAUUUUGCCUUGGAAAGGGCCCGCAAAGUCAAUAUGCAGCCAGGACCAUCUUGUACCGCGAGAGCAUCGUGCCCCAAGAAGAUUUUAACUCCUUGCAAGUCCCUUCAUGUGUACGAUGCCAGGAUGUGCAUCAUGCAGCAUAGCCAGUACCUCUCUCCAAGCCUUAAGUGUAAGGUUAACAAUCCUUUCGGUAUGCAUAGGUGCAUCUGGCACCAUUUCCAGUAUCAAUACUUACAAAGGUGGUGGCGUAACAGCGUCAGAUGCCGGCAGAGAUGUCAGCGGUGGUUAUGGAGAAACAGCCUCGACAUCAAAAGAUCAGCUGAAGGCCAAGAGUUUUUCCUGCAUCACCUGUGAGAAAACAUUUGUCCCAAGAAGAAAUUUAGUGAGAAUUGAGAGAAAACAAACUGAGCAGAAAGACUUCAGUUGCGAGAAAUGCGACAGCAGCUUUCCUAACGCAGAAGAGAGAAGACUUCGUGCAAAGUGAAGGAGGAGUUUAUCUGCGACUAGUGCAGGAAGGAUUUUUUUAAAAUCUAUGUAGUCUAAAAGCUCAUGAACACAAUGCAAAGAAAAUGCAAGUGCAAAUAUUUCUGAACCAAAUGCAGAAG